GGCAUAUAAGACACUCGGGUUCAUGAAAGCGUCCCAGCAAGAAGACACAGGCUGCGACCAGGCAGACAAGCAAAGGACGCAGAGCCAGAGACCAGGAAGGAACUUAGACAUGGAGGCAGGCCCAGAGCCCGUGGUCAGACCCCGGAUGGAUAAGGACGUCUUCAUUGAGAACUUUGGUGUAGACACACCAAGAAAAACAUACCUGUGCUACGAGGUGGAGCAACCAGAAGGUGACUCCAGCAUCCCAGAGGACCAGUUGAAGGGCUUCCUGCGCAACCAGGCUUUUAACACACCAGGGGGACGCCGCCAUGCAGAGCUGUGCUUCCUGGACCGGAUCCGGUCCUGGGGCCUGGACAGGAGCAAGCACUACAGCAUCACCGUGUUCAUCUCCUGGAGCCCCUGCCGUAGCUGUGCCCUCAGCCUGGUGGGUUUCCUGCGGGAGAACAGCCUUGUGAACCUGCGCAUCUUCGCCGCCCGCAUCUAUAGCUAUAUCGAGGGAUAUGAGGACGGACUUCGCCAACUGCAGGCGGCUGGGGCCCAGAUCUCCAUCAUGGACAUCCCUGAGUACGAGCACUGCUGGGAAACCUUCGUGGACCACGAGGGUCAACCAUUCGAGCCCGGGGAUGACCUGUGUGCGCACAUUGAAGAGAAGUCACAGAUGCUGGAUAAUAUCCUCAAGGGUUCAGGGAAACUGAAGACGGACUCGACCUCUCUGAACAAUCAGAGUCUUCUGGAGAUCGAUGAACCCUGGAUGGAUACAGGCACCUUCACUAACAACUUUGGCCCACACAUGCCGAAUGAAACAUACCUGUGCUACGAGGUGGAGCAGCCAGAAGGUGACUCCAGCAUCCCAGAGGACCAGUUGAAGGGCUUCCUGCGCAACCAGGUGACAGACCACCGCAGGCAGGGCCUCCUGCCCUGGGGCAUCCAGGGAGAAGGUUUCAGGGAGCUCCAGGUGUCCUACAGGGAGGAGGAAGGCUGCCGUGACGGGCAGCUGUGGGCCACGCAGAAGAACGUGGUCCCGGUGUCCCAGGGCUUCCUCUGUGCCCUCCUGCUCAGCCUCCCCGGAGAGGCCCAGACACAGGGAAAGACGUUUGGAUUGCCUCACCUGCCUCACCCUGGCCCCGCCCUGCUCCUGCUCACAGCAGGUGACAGAACUCUCUUCUCCCUCUUCUGUCCCCAGGCUUUUAACACACCAGGGGGACGCCGCCAUGCAGAGCUGUGCUUCCUGGACCGGAUCCGGUCCUGGGGCCUGGACAGGAGCAAGCACUACAGCAUCACCGUGUUCAUCUCCUGGAGCCCCUGCCGUAGCUGUGCCCUCGGCCUGGUGGGUUUCCUGCGGGAGAACAGCCUUGUGAGCCUGCGCAUCUUCGCCGCCCGCAUCUAUACCUAUUCGCUGAGAUAUGAGGACGGGCUUCGCCAACUGCAGGAGGCUGGGGCCCAGAUCUCCAUCAUGGACAUCCCUGAGUAUGAGCACUGCUGGGACACCUUCGUGGACCACCAGGAUGAAGCAUUUGAGCCCGGGGAUGACCUGCCUGUGCACAUUCAAAAGGAAUCACAGAUGCUGGAUAAUAUCCUCAAGCCAGACCUGCGCUAG